UGAUGUGACGUAAGUUCCGGCCGCCAACACCGGCAGCAUUUUUUUUUUCGCGGUAAAAUGAAAUGGGCAUCUGAUGUUGAUCAGAUUUAUUCCGAGUUCUCGUAUCUACCAUCUAACGUGUAACUAAUUGCUGUAGCUAAUAUUUAGAAAUCACAUUAUUAAAGAGAAGUAGGUCGCCGGUGUUACUAUGAACAGAGAGCAAAGCUAACGUUAGCUACUCAAGUAUCAUCAAAACAUUAUCAUAGUACAUACAUACUCUAAGUUAGUAAUUAUACGGCGUAAAACAAUGGCACUAGUAACCGGAGAGAGCCUAAAAUCGGAGCUGGAAAUGUUCGACAUAUCCUGCCAAGAUGACUCCGUCCUCGACAAGAUGGUGGAGCAGUGUAUCUGUAACAGGAUUCAGGCGGAUGACAUGGUGCUGGAGUGGGUGGCCUACAGCACCACAAAAAAUGGACUAAAACUCACCAUGGACAACCUGGAGCAAUUUGAACAUGAGGUGUUAAACAAGAAGAAUAAAUCCAAACAAAGCUUCCGAAAAGAAGAAACUCACAACAGAACCAGAGACAUCCACUCACUAAAGGACUUAAUCAAAGCCGAGGAAGAGGAGGAGAAUCUAUUGGACUCCUACUCUACUCCUGCUAAGGGCUCUCAGAAGCGAGCACUGACCACUCCUGAGCACCCUCAUUCAAAAAGAAGUGCAGCUCUGCUGGCCAGCCCAGGCCUGUUGCUUUCUCCUGCCAGCUUUUCUCCCAGUGCAACACCGUCACAGAAGUACAGCCAGCGAGGAGGGAAAGGGGAGGUGGUGGUUACAUUCGGGGCCGUGCAGGGCACCCGCUGGGUAGGCAGGAAGGCUGUGGGCGCAGGUGUCCAGCUGGAGCUGCUAGAAGGGGCUGAAGACUCCCUCCGCUGCAGCUACAAGUACAUGUUCCAGAGGCUGCGCGAUGUUCGAAAUGUGUUGACAGAGAAGAUUGAGGAGCUUGGCGAGGGCCUCAGGUCUCACUUCAACAUCGAGGAGUUCUCCCCUGUCUCCCUGCCCGCCCAGGACAGUAUAACAGUGUUGGGUCAGGUUUGCUGUGACAGUAAUGGCAAACUGAACGCUCAUUCGGUUCUGUUGGAGGCGGGACCAGAGCAAGGGGGUCAGCAAGUCCCUGUUGACCUGUCAGAGCUUAAAGAGUACUCCCUGUUUCCUGGUCAGGUGGUAGUGAUGGAGGGAAUGAAUGCAACAGGAAGAAAACUGAUGGCUUCCAAACUCCAUGAGGGAGUCCCUCUUCCUUUCUACACUUCUGAGGUGAAAAUGGAGAUGGAUGAAGAGCCAAUGAACGUACUGGUGGCAUGCGGACCGUACACUCCCUCUGACAGCCUGACCUUUGACCCUCUGCUGGACCUAAUCAAUGUCAUUGUCAGGGAUCGUCCUGAUGUCUGCCUGCUGCUCGGCCCGUUUGUGGAUUCCAAACAUGAACAAAUUGAGAAAGCCCAGGUGACCGAGACGUUUGAGGCCAUUUUCUCAAGAUGUAUCGAAAGCAUUGUGGAUGGCACCAAAAGUGUUGGCUGUCGCCUGGUGUUCGUGCCCUCACAGAGAGACGUCCACCAUCAUUUUAUCUACCCACAGCCUCCCUUCACACUGCCAAACCUCAGCAAGGACCAGGCCCAGCGUGUGACCCUGGUCCCCGACCCUUGUACCCUGCUCAUCGACAGUGUGACCUUUGGCUUGACGUCCACUGACAUCCUGUUCCACAUGGGUGCAGAGGAGAUCAGCUAUGGCACUGGAUCGGACAGAUUUUCACGCAUACUGAAACACAUGCUGACCCAGAGGAGUUACUACCCGCUGUACCCGCCUGUGGAGGAGGUGAACAUGGAUUAUGAGAAGUUCCAGAGCUACGGUCAGAUGCUGCUCACCCCCGACGUUCUCAUCAUUCCCUCUGAGCUGCGCUACUUUGUAAAGGAUGUGAUUGGCUGCGUAUGUGUCAAUCCUGGACGGCUGACCAAAGGCCAGGUGGGCGGGACCUACGGCAGGCUGCUCAUUCAGCGCAGCGCUACGUCAGAGGACGGGAAGAGAGCGAGCCCCUGUUUGGCUGCUCAGGUGGUGAAAAUCUAAAAGGAAGACUAUGAAUGCUCGUUGUCAACAGAAGUGAGCUGAAUUAACCGGGACCAGUUUGCAAGCAGCUUUGAACGCUGUACUCUGCAGGCACGCUGAUGUAAAAUAUGUUUAAAAAAUUCACUUUACUGUUGAAACCAUCUUGCCCAUUGAUUUAUUUUUAUAUGACAAACAUGCUGAGGGGGUACUGUACUCUGGUCAUGAAUGUGGUGGAAUAUCAGUCACUCAGAUACAACAGAAAUAACAAUAUCUUUUCAAUAAAUUAUUAGCACCCUUUCUACUGUUUUUUUGCAACUACUAGAGUGCUGUUUGCCAGAGCAUUAUAUCUGUAUCUAUGGUUCUGAUUGGCGGAAAAAGAAACUUGCCUAAAAAUCCUUUUUCUUCUGUAGUUCAAAAUGAAGUCCAAAAAUAAAAUAAAUAAUUGUUUAAUAUGUAUUUAA